GUUACUACUUUACUUCAUCUUUGCCUCUUCACAUCUGCAAAAACACUCUCUCCAUCCCCGACCUUGAACCCUAAUCUUUAUUUUCUUCAUUAAUUCAUUCCUCCAUCGAGCUUUACGUCCCACACAAACCAGUCCUUGAAAGAAAGCAACGCUCGAAAAUUUCAUUAGCAGUUAAUAUGAGAAACCCUUCUUCUGGUACUAGAACCCCGUGUUGUAGCAAGGUGGGCAUCAAGAAAGGCCAGUGGACUCCGGAGGAAGACGAGAUCUUAUCCAAUUAUAUCAAGAGAGAAGGUGAAGGCCGCUGGCGUACGCUCCCGAAGCGUGCCGGGCUGCUUCGUUGCGGCAAGAGUUGCCGUCUCCGGUGGAUGAAUUAUCUCAGACCCUGUGUUAAAAGAGGUCGCAUAGCUCCUGACGAAGAAGAUCUCAUUCUUCGCCUCCAUCGCCUGCUCGGGAACAGGUGGUCUUUGAUAGCGGGAAGAAUCCCGGGACGCACUGACAAUGAGAUCAAGAAUUAUUGGAAUACUCAUCUUAGCAAAAAGCUGAUUAAUCAAGGAAUUGAUCCAAGAACCCACAAGCCGUUAGACCCAUCACCUACUUCCUCAGAUGUUAUCGGAAAUAAUGAUCAUCUCGCUUCAACUUCAAAUCCUAACCCUAAUCCUCAUCCCAAUCUCAAUCCCGAAUCUUUAGACACAGAAGCAACAGCUACUGAAAGCAAUGAAAACUUCGUUACCAAUCUUCAUCAUCAUAAUCAAAAUCAUCAAGUGGAGGAUAACGAAAUGGAGAUGGAUGGUUUCAUGAUGGGUUUACCGACUAGCCAUUCUGCACGCAUCAACCAGGAAAAUUAUGUCGAAACCUAUAACGAAGAUGCAUUCUCUUCAUUUCUCGAUUCUCUAAUCAAUGACACGAUGUUUGUGAGCCAACAGCAGCAGCAGCCAAACCCAGUUCAUCACCUCGUGAAUAGUGGUCAUGGUAACAUUUGGGAAGGUGAAGUUGCAUCAACGAUGACUGGUUUAAGUGAGGAAGAAAGAGCGUUGGAUCACCAUCACCAUCUUCGUCACCAUCACCUUGCAUGAAGCUGAAAACGAAUUGAAUCAAAGAUUAAAUAUAGGUUUGAUCAGUUCUAUGAUUUAUGGUUGUGGUGUGUUUUUCUCCUAUAUUACUCUACUAGACUUGGUUUUCUUUUGCAUGUUGUUGUGCUCUUAUUUAAGAUCUACUACUCUUUGUUGUAAAACCUUAAAAACAAAAACAAACCUUAUGCUGAACUUUUUAUAAUGUAUUUGAAUACUUAAUUAAGCA